AUGAAGGCAAUUAUUAUAGAAAAGUUUGGGGGGCCCGAGUCCCUGGUGAUUCACGAGGUGCCAACCCCAGAGCCAAGACAGGGAGAGGUCGUCAUUCGGAUCAAGGCAUUUGGCGUCAAUCAUGCCGAGAUGCACAUGCGAAAGGGCGAAUGGGCAGAAUGGGUGCCAAUCAGUGGGAUCGAGUGUGUCGGUGAGGUGGCCAGCUGUCCGGGAGGUGAAUUUGAAGAAGGCACGCCUGUUGCCAGCCUCAUGGGGGGACUCGGUCGUACAAUCAGCGGAAGUUAUGCUGAGUUUACUCGAGCCAAGGUUUCAAAUGUUGUUCCACUCGGUCCAGCUGCAGCUCAACUGCGCUGGGACCAGCUCGCGGCUAUCCCGGAGUCAUAUGCGACAGCAUGGACCUGUCUAUUCCGGAAUCUCGAGAUACGGGCAGGCCAGCAGCUUUUGAUCCGAGGUGGGACGUCCGCCUUUGGGAGAUCUGCAAUCAAUCUAGCGGUCAAUGCGGGAGUGCAUGUCACCUCCACGACGCGCAGCGAAGAUCGUAUCGCACAGCUCAAAAAACUAGGGGCUGAAGAUGUUCUCAUUGAAGGCCCUAAUCUCUCUAUGCGCGCUCCGAAGAAGUUUGACGCUAUACUCGAGCUGAUAGGGAAUAGCACUGUUCUUGAUUCGCUAAAGAUCGUGCAUCGGGGUGGCCGUGUGUGUCUAGCGGGCUGGUUGGGCGGACUUGCACCUAUUCCGGAAUUUAACCCUCUUCUGCAGAUGGCGAGCGGAGUACAUCUUAGCUUUUUCGGCAGCUUUGUCUUUGGAAGUCCCGAAUUUCCCUUGUCAGAUGUUCCUCUCCAAGAGAUUGUUACAAUGGUGGCUCGGAAGCAAUUUAAUGCUGAUCCUUGGAGAGUAUUCGAUUUUGAAGAAAUCAGAGAAGCUCAUCGUCUGAUGGAGGCCAAUGAGGCACAUGGGAAAAUGGUGGUCACCGUGAAUUGA